AUGACGUCGAUUCUCAGCUUUCUUUGCGUCCUGAGCAGCAUCUUCUUGGUCGUCAGUGCAGACUUCGUCGUCGUGGAGCACUUGGACCAGCCGCCUUAUGGAUGGACAAAGCUGGGAGCUGCCAACUCCAGUCAACUCAUCCGGCUCUCCAUCGCAUUAGAGUCUCAGGGCCGCGAUGUGUUUGAGAGAACACUGCAAGAGGUCUCAGAUCCCACGCACGCACGGUAUGGGCAGUAUCUGUCUCGUGACGAAGCAGUUGCUUUAGUACGGCCCCGGUCGCGCUCGGUUGCCGCUGUGCGCAAGUGGCUAUUGUCGGAAAACGUCACUCAAGAUCAGGUUCAGGAGCGCGGGCUGUUUGUGGACGCCGUCAUGACCAUUGGCACUGCUGAAAAUCUCCUGUCCACCACGUACGGCGUGUUCCAACACGACAAGCAAAGGGCCAUCGGAGCACUGGCAUUAAUAGAGGUGCAAGCAGAUAUUUCAGUCAGCGAUCCGCUGGCGGAGCCUUGA